AUGAAACCUGGCAUAUUCAAGCAUAAUCACGCUUAUAUCGACAUCACGAUUCCACAGUCAGAAGCAGAUUCCAGUAUGCCUGGCAGCAGGACAGAAUGGCUGUCCAAACAAUUUCCAAUGUCUACCAUCCCUCAUGCAUGCAUUGGCCGCAUAUCCUCUGCUUUGUUGACACUCAAUCUAUAUAUCGCAUUCCCAAGGAUGAUCCAUCAACACCCAGUGAAUGGUUGGAGAAUCAUGCUAAUGCCAAAGGAGGUUUUGGACAUCUUCUGGGACAGAGUGCUACUUCCAUCCAUAGGAGAUUGCACUGAUGUCAGUUGUGCACCUUACCUCAAGCAGACGUUGGAGGAGGCACAAUACAAGGCCAGAGGUAGAGAUGGAUGCAAAGGUGGAUGGGGACCUCCAAAGACUGUACCCCUGUCAGAUGAUGACUUUAUGGAAGUUCAGAAAUGCAUGCAAGCUUGCAUACGUGAUGGGGAGGGCGAGCUCAGCAUGUAUGAGUCGCUGUUCUUCAUUUUAGAAGGAAAGGGAAUCAAGCUACUCACAAAGGAUGGUCAGAGAGGGCGCUUUUCAGGACCGGAAGAGGCACUGUGUUGA